UGUCUGUAUAGUGCUCUUGAGGUUUAUUUUCUCCUUGACGAGAGGUGAUAUCGAGCAUCACUAUCUUGCUUCGAAAAUUCCGAACAGCCCUCCAAACACUCACACACCAACAUGGUCUAAGACCAAGUAAAAAAGUACCACCGGCCCCCAAAACCUUCCCCACACCAUGGACAAGAUAUCCAUCCUUUUUGGCUCAAGGACAAAUAUGAUAGAAUCCCGAAGAAAGAAAGACCAACAGCAAACAAAGAAGUCGCUUAAAUAGGUUCUAUGCGCUCCAGCUCACGUGUUCCACGUGACAUAUUGCUCCCAGAUAUGCAUCACGAGCCCUGGCGGGGCCUCUUAGGCCUUCUGAUCAGGUGGUCCCACGUGCUGCUAGAGAGCCCACAUGUUCCUUACUAAUCAGCCGUACAAAACCCUUCGCUCGUUCCCUGAACUCUUCUUUUCUUUCCAUCGAGGUCUCGCAUGGAGACGGGGGAGGAGUAAAAUACCACACGGUACACAGCCACGGUGUGGAAUCAUCAAAACCCAAAGAACGAUGCCGUUGAUGGUGUGGUGGAGCUCGUGGGUUAAACUAAAAGGAAGUGGGUUGCUACGUGGUGGUGGUGGUGAAAGGGGAUCGAAACCCGGAGAGAAAUCCUGCCAUGGGGCUGGGGAGCUGGAGGGGUUAAAUACAGCGUUACAAAGACUGUCAUGGCGCGGUGGAGAUUGGAAGGGGAUCGAAAUACGCGACCAACUCGUCCAUGGAGACGGAGUGGACGAUCAAAUCUCUCAAUGCGAAAUACGAAUGGUGCGGUGGAGGUUGGGAGGGGGUCAAAAUGGUACAAUGGAGCCCCCCAAUGGAGAGUUGGGGGAGGAUCGAAAAUCUCAGAAGGCAUCAAAGAUGGCUCCGGUGGAGGAGGGAUAUUUGGAUCGAGCUGAUAUCUAGCUUUGUCCUGCAAUGAUGAAAUGAUCUGUUGCUGAAAGGUGAUAGUUUACGAGGACUUGAGUUCUUG